CAUGCGUGCUGACGUUUCUUUGCAUCCAACUUACUUCCGUACUGGAAGUUUGUCUUAUAUUUUUUAGUUUUUAAGUUGUAAAGUCGGGAGAGCUAAACUAUCGAUCUUUUAUGUUUUGCUACAGGAGUCAAAUAGGGAGGAGCCAGAAGGAGUCUGUGUUGUCACCCUUGACUGGAAAGUAUGUGCAAAAGACCAGUCUGCUUAUAAAACAGACCUUAAAGAAGCAGCUGUAAAUAGUAAAACAUAUGCCGCUGUUUGCCGGGGAACCAAGGAACUUUUUUACAGUAGUACAUCUCGUGGAUUGCAUGUUGUAACAUUUUCAGUAGCUGAAGUGUGCCUCUCGAGUGAAUGAGGAACUACGGCUUUUCAGGAGAAUACAUCUCGACUUCAAGGCUUACUGACAGGAAGACAUACUUCAUUCCUUUUCUCGACUGCUUCUUUGGGUCCUGAUAUUCUUUGGAGGGUCACUGGAUGUCAAAGUAAACAUUCUAUCAUGUAGCAUGAGCCUGAAUAUUUAUUUAUUUAAUAGGCAGAGACCUUUUUAGUGUACUGCAAAUGUACAUCAUAAAUCUUUAUACUGCUCUGCAUACUUCAUGCUGUCUCUGACUUGCUGGGGGAGGCAGCAUGUUUUUCUCAUUGCUCGGUAUUGUAGGUGCUUCUUGUAUAAUAAACAGUUACCAUUGAAUGCUACGAGAUAUGCAUGCUGUUCAUACUGACCAAUCAUGGAGAGAGCUGGCUGCUGCAUGUGUGAUUACAUGAUUCAUGUCUGUGGUCACUAAAAGGGAAUCCUUUUCCAUGACUGUGUACACUUUUAUAAAGUGUAAUUAUGGCUGACAUCUGGAGACUGGCAGGAUGUGCAAGGAAAUGGUGCUGCCUUUUCAGUGGGCUGACCAUUGUAGGCCUUAAACUAGUCAGCACUCAUUUGCACAGGCACGUUUUGGAAUUGUGACUCUUAAUGCUAUUUCCCUGCUAGGAUUUUUUUCACUACAUCUAACUUGGAAUGUUGUUGGUUAUUUAAUAAAUCAUUGGAACAGUUUUCAUAAUUAGUACAUGAUGACAUGAGCAUUUAUAUGGUUAUGCCUCAGAGACAACAUUUGUUUUUAGUUUUGCUUCACCCGCUCCGCAUAAUAUUGCAGUGCUUCUGUUCCUGUUGGGAGUCCUCUUUGUUUCUAAACUGAUUGUGGCACACUCAAACAUCUAGCUAACCGAAACUUGACUUUUUAUAUAACAUGAAUGGCUGUAUGGAAGUGGACUGUUGAGAGCAGCUUCCAGUUGACUGGAUCACUUUUCUUAAAAAUACCUCACAAGUGUGCUAAGUGUUUGUAUGGCAAAUUUUUAAACUUGCACUAUAUUACAUUUCAGUUUAUUUUGAAAACUUUGUUUUAGCUUGUUGCUUGGACUUCACAUUCUAUUAGCAACGUAAUUGGUUUUGUUUUUCGAUAAUUAUCACUCAGGAUUGCAUACCAGAUGUUUUUAAGGUAAUCAAAGACUGUAGAUCAGUCUCAGAAUGUUUCCAGAGUCUGGAUUUUUAUUUGCCAUGCUUUUUCUGCAAGUUUGCUGAACUCCAUAGGACCCCCUUUUCUAGACCUUCAAACACGUUACCAGUCUCUGUCAGUUGUUUUUCAGUGUGCUGUUGAUUUCAGUUCUCUAUUGGUUGCCUGAUCUGGUCCCAUCUUUAGUAACCAUGGCAGAACAUAUGGAACUUUUGGCUGAAAUGCCAGUGGUUAGUAGGAUGACCACACAGGAACGACUAAAGCACGCUCAAAAGCAUCGAACUCAACAGCUGAAAAAAUGGGCCCAAUAUGAAAAAGAUAUGCAAGGAAAAAAGUCUAAACCAGAAAAGAGGAAGAGACAGAAGAGCAGAGGUGAGCAGAAACAAGUCACAUUCCCACCAAAUGUCACACUGCUGGAGGCAACAGCACGCAAUGACAUUGAGGAAGUGAAACAUCUUCUACAGAAUGGAGUCAGCCCUGAUCUUUAUAAUGAAGAUGGACUCACUGCACUGCAUCAGUGCUGCAUAGAUGAUUAUGAAGAUCUAGUGAAAUUACUUCUGGAAUCCGGAGUCAACGUAAACAUCUGUGACAGUGAGCUGUGGACACCAUUGCAUGCUGCAGCCACUUGUGGUCACACACACCUGGUGGAGCUGUUGAUUGAACAAGGUGCAGAUCUACUGGCUGUAAAUGCAGAUGGUAACAUGCCUUAUGACCUGUGUGAAGAUGAUGCCACCUUGGACUGUAUUGAAAAUGCAAUGGCUGCUCAGGGUAUCACACAGGAGAAGAUCGAACUGGCCAGAGGUGCUACAGAGCAGAGGAUGAUUGCAGAUAUCAAAAGGCUGAUUGAGUCAGGCUCUGAUGUUAAUGCACAGGACGACCAAGGAACCACCCUGCUACACAUUAGUGCAGCAAAUGGCUACUUCCAGGCAGUAGAAUUGCUACUGGAACACAAGGCAAGAGUGAACGUGAAGGACAUUGACAGCUGGGAACCACUUCAUGCUGCUGCCUGCUGGGGCCAUGUUCAUGUAGUGGAGCUGUUAAUGGCUCAUGGAGCUAAUCUUUAUGCAAAAACACUGCUGGAUGAAACACCAUUGGACCUUUGUGUUGAUGAAGAUGUGAGAGUGAAACUGCUGGAGCUGAAAAAGAAACACGAUGCAGUCAUGAAAUCCCAAGACAAGCACAAGUCAGCCCUACAGAGGCGAACCUCUAGUGCAGGGAGCAGAGGGAAGGUAGUUAGGAGGGUGAGUGUGACAGAGCGUACCAAUCUGUACCGACGAGAACAUGAAAAGGAAGCCAUUGUCUGGCAAAGAGUUAAUCAAAGGGAAAAGGAAGUAGACGUGCAAGAUGAAGAUGAAGACAGGCAGACAGAUGCAGAGUUGCAACAGCACGUGUCUACUCAAGAGGUUGGAGUUCCAGUGCUAGAUGUGUCACUACCAGAAGAAGAAAAACCCAGCUCCUCCCUCAGUAAUGGAGCCAUUCCCUCAGACUCCAGCCAUCUGCCCAGAGAUGAUAUUUCCAGAAGACUUGAUCGCAGUGCAUCCUACCAGCUGGCUAGUAGGGAAGAACUGUCAUCAGACUUGAACAAGGAAAAAUACCAUCAUACUUUGGCAGACCUGAAACGUCAGAGAGCUGCAGCCAAGCUGCAUAAGUUGCACCUCAGUGAGGACUACCCUAUUGCUGAGGUACAAGGUCCCUCCCAGUUUCAGUCUGAGACACAAGCAGAAGGUGAUAGUCUGGAGCAGAACUCAGUGUACUACACCGCAUCUAGCGGUGAUCCACCUUUAGUAAAGUUCAAAGCACCAGAGGAUGAUCCCACAACAGAGAAACAUCGGUGCUGCAUUACAAUGUGAUUUUAUGUGUGUGUAUAUGAGAACAAGAUUGCACCUUGUUGUAUCCUUUUGAACAGGAAAAUUAACCAGCAUCCUGGGAGUGAACCAUUUUUCAUGGAUUCUAAUCGAUGUCAUUGAAGUUGAAGAGAUGGAGAGCCACACAGUAAAGUUAUUACUCCUUAACUGUACUACUUACGCUGAGACUGUAUUCAUUGAUGUAUGAAGGAUAUGUUAAAGAUGUUUAAAGCACAUCCAUGUAACUUUUUCCUAUUUUAUUUUAUUUAUUUAUCUCUUUUAUAGUUGUUCAUUUCUUUAAACAGUCAUGCAUCGUAUAGUCUAAUGCAUUGAGGGCAAUAAUGUGCACUUAGAGUUAUGUAAGAAUAAUGCAUUGAUGGCAAUAAUGUGCACUUACAAAGUUAUGUAAGAAUUACUUUUUCUUACUGCAUCUUUUGUCAUCAAGGUUCACUUACCCACAUUUUACUCUAUUCUGUUGUAUAAUGUUACUGCUGCUAUUCAGAUUUCUUAAUUUGGACAUUUGCAUCAUAAUAUGAGGCCUUGUGUCAAGAGUUAAGAUACUGAGGCACAUUACUUAUAGCCAGGGAUACUUCUUACAUGAAACCCUCUCUCAUUGCUGUAGCAGCAAUGCUUAGACUAACUUUAUCACCAUAUGGAGAAUCUUUUCAAAUACUAUAUUGGAAGCUGGUAUCCACAAUAUUUGGUAUGCCGUAGUUUCAGCAGUAGAGCACUGGUUUCCUUGCUUGCAUGACACUUGAUUGGCCCUUGUUUUAAGAUGUUUAUCCCCGAUUUGUAUUGGAUAGUUAACUGUCCAUUAAAUUGCACUGUGUGUUUUAAAAAUACUUGCUUAGUAAGGGAUAUGCAGGCGGGUCUUGACAUGUCAGAGAGGGUGAUAGAUGCAAAAUGUACUACAGUAUUCAGGUACACCAUACUUGGCACUCUGUAUGUGCCUGUAUGAGCACCAGCUUCUGCUAUGAAACUGUGGAUAUCUUCCACAGUUUUGUCUGGUAGUUAGCAUAGAGGAUUAAGGGUAUGAGCUGUUAACAAGCUGUUCCCUUCUCUUGGAUUUCAUUCCGUCAGGUUCCAUUUGCUUGCUGUGUGACUUUGAACAAGUCACUUAACCAGACAGUAUUCACAGGUCAGCUGUGAAAACAGAAGUGUUUCAAAUGGGUUUACUCAGUUAAAAAAAAAAUGUAUGUACAGAUCUUGACACUCCAGUUGUUUAAUUAUGUUUUAUUGGUUAAUAACAUAUUCACGGACAUUUUUUGUAUGGUUUAAAUUCUACAUCAUGCCAAAAAUGGCAUGUAUUUGUAAUCCAAAGACAGUAUGUAUUGGUGUCUUUGGAAAUACAUUUUGUAUCUAUGGUGGUCUAUUAAUUCCCACUUUCAGUGGUAAAUUGUUCCCUAAAGAAUAGCAAUGCCUUUUGACGAACUUGGUCAGACCAGUAGUGCCAGUCAGUAGUUAUGGUAAUGAUAUCAACAGUGUGUUUAUCUUUUUGUUUUCUGCGUCAUGUGUCCAUUUGUUAUGUGUAACUGUAGCACAUUUAGCUUCAGUAUUGUUUGCUGUAUCUAAAAAUGAACUCUAGCUCCUUUCAAGAGAUGCAGAAGAAACAUUUCUUUUCAUGUCAGUUAUUGCUUCUGGACAAGACAGAAGACACAGUCACCAUUUUCUGAAAAUCCUGGUAGAUGUAUUAUUAGGCUGAGACAAGAAGAAUUGCUUCUGUCUCCAAAGAAUCUACAUGUCUUCUGUGUGGUCUGCUAUGUCAUUGAAACAGAAACUUUCCUAGUUAGUGCCGUCUUUUAUAUCUGUCAACCAGCAAGAAACCGUUGCUAAAAGAAUGUUUAAAAAUAGCGGUUAAAGAAAGUAUAUUUUUGAUCUCAGAGUAUAUAUAUUUAAAAAUAAUCUUGUAUUAUAAUUGAACAGGAGGAUCUAUUUUUGAUUGAAAUCUGUUUUAGUACUUUUUCUGAGUCGAUUAUUGUGUAGAAAAUUUAGUUUUGCACAGUUUUUCCAAUUUUUCAGAUUCACAAUUUUUUUCUAUAAAGGUUAUUUUUAAAUUGUAUAGUUGAUGAACAGCAAUAAGAAAUUAUGAGCUCUGUGGUUUGCUGAAGCACACAGAAUAGUCUGUGUAAAGGCUGGCCAUCAAAUACCUAACAUGUGAAGAGACAUUCCUGUAUGUAAAGACUGAAAUUUGAAGUUUUAGGUUAAUUCUAAUUAUGGACUCAUGUUAAUUCAGUGUCUUAAAAUGAACUGAAUGAGAGAGCAAAGAAACAAAGUUUGAACUGUAAUUACAGUACUGUAAUUCAAAGUAAAUAAAGCAUUCUUCUAGUACAAGUUUAAAACAUU